AUGGCUCCAGCAGCAAGCCUCAUAGCAGAUCUUGGGAAGUGUACGCAGCUGCAGACUUCGCUCGAUACCUGCGGAUAUGAGCUGUCUUACAAGACCAGCUUUCGAGCCUUGGAGACUGCCUUCGCAGAUGAAAAGGUCCGACGACUUCGGGUUCAGGUUUACCUCUUGGAAACCGAGGCGGACAACCAUCGGGAGGAGUUGGGAGAGCGCGACCUCAAGGUUGACACCAUGGAAUUUGAAAUACAAGAGCUUCAAGAUGAGCUAGUCAGUGCUACUAGGCACAUUGAAGUCGCCGAACAUGAGACACGCGUCCAAGCCCGCGAGAUUGACACCUUGAAGACAGAGCUGAGCUCCGUCCAAACUAUAACACUGGAUUCUGCCAAGAUCUUGACAGAAAAGUUAAGUUUGGCUCGUGAAAUAUCCUCGUUGAAGCCGGAGUUGGAGCAUCUUCGUUCACAAGCCUCGGGGUACCAAACAUUGCUCGGGGAAAAAUUAUCAUUGCAGCGGCAAUUGAAUAUACUCCAAGUAGAAUUGGAGAACGAGAAAAGAGUCGUACAGAGAAACGCAUUUAGGGAAAACAAAAUGCAGGAAGACGAUGCUAGAUUGGAGUGUCAAAUUCAAGCAUUGCAAUCGACUCUUAACAAAGAGCGCAGGGAGAGACAGAAGACUGAGCGAGACACCCAAAAUAAUUGUAUCGAAUGGGAAAGUAGAGUAACAACAACGGAGUCGCGGCUCGAAUCUCUCAGAGACAAGCUCAAGAACACGAAAACCCACCUCAAGGAGACACAGACUGAAUUACAGCAGGUGCGAGCCUCUGCUGCUCGUCCUUCAGUGCGCUCAAACGGUGCAGCGUUCAAUGAGAUAGAAUCAAAGAAGCGCAGAGCUGGAAAAAUGGAUGAGAAUUCGGUCAUUGGUACACCAGGAGACUUGCCCGCGGGGAAAAAGACAAGGAGGGCCCCAACAGCCGUUGGCGAAAAGUCAACCUUUUCUAUAACGCCGUUCCUCAAUCGGACAGCUAGUAUGGCGCCUGAUAGCCCGAUUUCUCCAGGACUGAGGGAAGACGCUAGGCAAGACCGGACAACGCGCCACGUAGACUCUGAUGGCGAUGCUGCUGCUCCAAGUAGAUCAAACACUCAGCAGGAGCAAGGCAAGGCACGCCCAGGACCACCCAACUCAUCAAGUGGAGUCGCGAAUAAGUCAAAUGGAGUGGCAAGACGUUUGAAUGCAGCCCCUUUGCUUGAACAAGUUGUCGAAGAAAGCAAUGAGGAGCAACGGGCGAGCUGUUCAGACGACUGCAAUCCUGGGCCGGUGAGAAAGGCGAAGAGAAAGAUUCUCACCGGAGGCCCAGGAAAGACUUUGUUUGACGAAGAUGAGGGUGGUACAAAAGGCCAACGAGGAGUCCAAGCCUUGAGAAGAUCUAAGUUGGGACCUCGGAGAAACGUCACGGAGACCAAUGGCUUUGGUGUGAUAUCGCCUCUAAAGAGGGACAGGAAGCUUGAUAUGAAUUAA